AUGGCAGUGCUGAGCACAGCUCCCCUGGGACAGAUCCAGAGCCAGAGCGAGAGCAAGAACUCGACAAUCCAGCGUCAACCUCACAACGCAGCCAGCGACGCAGCCUCUCAAUACGCCAUGCGAGACCCCAAUCCAGGUCGCAGACCCACCCUCAAGAUCACGGUCACGUUCCAGAUCGAGGGCUGGCUCGCGCUCAGACUCCAGGUCGCAAUCGAGGUCGAGGUCAAGAUCACGCCCCUCCGGCCGAACUUCGAACCCUCGCUCGAGCUGCGCGGCCACGAGAAGCCAAUCUCCCAGGUGCGCAUCUCCCCUGACGGACGGUGGAUUGCCUCCGCCUCCGCAGACGCCACUGCCAUGAUCUGGGACGCCGAGACGGGCGCCCACAUGGACACCUUCGUCGGCCACAUGGCAGGCGUGUCGUGCCUGGCCUGGAGCCCCGACAGCGAGACCCUCGCGACUGGGUCCGACGACAAGACCAUCCGCCUAUGGAACAGGACCACCGGCGACCCAGCACACGCCGGCGGUGCGGACGAGAACGCCGCCGCCCUGGGGAGGAUAGGCACGAGCGCUCGAGGUAUCGGUGGGCGCGCUGGCGACUCGGGCGUGAGGGGCAGCGGUGGGAAGAAACCCCUGCUUGGUCACCACAAUUAUGUUUACUGCCUCGCGUUCAGUCCCAAGGGGAAUAUACUAGCGAGCGGGAGCUACGACGAGGCUGUCUUCCUGUGGGAUGUGCGCGCGGGGAGGCUCAUGCGGAGUCUGCCCGCGCACAGUGACCCCGUGAGCGGGAUUGAUUUCUGUCUGGAUGGCACGUUGGUGGCGAGCUGUUCUACGGAUGGGUUGAUACGCAUCUGGGACACCGCCACCGGCCAGUGCCUCCGCACCCUCGUCCACGAGGACAACCCCUCAGCCAGCUCGGUCUGCUUCUCGCCCAACGGCCGCUUCGUGCUGGCCAGCUACACCGACUCGUGCGUCCGCUUGUGGGAUUUCAUCAACAUGCCCUGCGCCGUAAAAAAGACCUAUCAGGGCCACGUCAACGAGGGCUACUCCAUAGGUGGCUGUUUCGGAGUGCUAUAUCGCCGCCGGCCGGGAACCUCUCGCAAGCUCAUGCAGAAUGGCGACAUGGGCCAGGAAGAGGAAGAGCCGUUCAAUGGAGAGCAGCAGAUCGAAGAACAAGAGGAAGACUACGACAGCGCCCCAUUCGUCGCCUCAGCGAGCGAGGACGGCGACGUCGUCAUGUGGGAUGUCCGCUCAAAGGAGAUCGUGCAGCGCAUCCCCCGCGCCCACAGCGGCGUCUGCUUCUGGGUCGACGUCCACAGCGACUCGGGCACCAUGGUCACCUGCGGCGACGACAUGCGGAUCGUGGUGCACCGCCACAGGUACCCGGAGCCCGAGGGCGGGCACGUGAACGGGGACGUGAACGGGAAGUACCCCGCUGACGAGGACGAUGCGGCCGACGAGGAGAUGCGCGAGGCCGGGUUCGGUGCGGCGGCGGUCCAGGUAAAUGGCAACGGUCACGUACAUGUCGAGGACCUGGAGGACAAGCGGGUAGAGGUAGAGGUAGAGGCCAAGGCCGCGGCUGGUGGGGACAUCCCGAUGAGCGAGUAG